AUGGCAUUGGGCAAUGGGAACUCGAAUGACAUCGAUGAGGAUCUCCACAGCCGACAGCUCGCUGUGUACGGCCGGGAGACUAUGCGCAGGCUCUUUGCCUCCAACAUUCUCGUCUCUGGGCUGCAGGGACUUGGCGCUGAGAUUGCAAAGAACCUUGUUCUUGCCGGUGUCAAGUCUGUGACCUUGCAUGAUGAUGGAGUUGUUGAGCUGUGGGACUUGUCAAGCAACUUCUUUUUCUCCGAGGAUGAUAUUGGAAAGAAUCGGGCCCUUGCUUGUGUCCAAAAAUUACAAGAAUUAAAUAAUGCUGUGAUCAUUUCGACUUUAACAACUGAACUGACCAAAGAGCAACUUUCUGAUUUCCAGAAUUUAGAAGAAUGCUGA